AUGGGGUGUGGGGGCAGCAGGACGGAUGCUCUGGAACCUCGCUACCUAGAGAGCUGGACCAAAGAGACCGAGUCCACAUGGCUGACAAGCACAGAUGCCGAAAUCCCCCUGUCAUCCAUCCAGAGCAUCCCCUCUGACAACUCAGAGGCCGGCUUUGCCUCAGAGAAAACAAUCAGCCCUGUUCCAGAUUUUUUUGAAGAUGGCCUCCCCCCUCCUGCUCAGGCGUACCUGAAGGUCUGCUCGGCUGUGUCUGAAGCCAGCCUGAACGACGUGAACCCCAGCAGCCCGUCGUCCAUACUGGCGUCUCCAUCUCAGGAUGUGGUGCAGCCGUCGUGUGGGACCACGGUGCAGCGCAGGAGCGUUCUACACACUGAGGAGAUUACAAAAUGGCAGGACAACCGGAUGUCGACCAAGCAGGUAACCAUCACCGUGACACAGAGCAUCCACCAGAUGGACAAGAACGGGAAGGUGAAGAAGUCCCUCACAACAUAUGAGGUCAUGAAACCAGUGGAGGCUCUCAAACAGGUGGCCACACAAAACACUUGA